UCCCGCUGCCUCGGGCGGGGGGUGCGUACCCCGGUAUCCAUGGCAAUGGGAGGCUGUCCCCCCGCCGCCCCCCCUCCGCUGCGGCCACCGAGCAGCCGCAACCGGCGCGGCGGCACCACCGGCACGGCGGUACCGGCACCGGGGCUCGGCUCCGGGCGGGGAACUGGAGGAGGGACGCGGACAAAUUCCUCCCGCUCCCCCGGCGGCAGACCCCCCUGCCCGCAUGCCGGCCGUGCAGCCCCCGGCGCCGGGCUGGGACAACGGAGGCCCUUCCAAUGGCAGCUGGCCCAACUCUACCACAAGAGAGAGCGAUGUCCCGAGGGAGAACUACACCUUCUUGGCGUACUACCAGCAUUCCUCCCCCGUGGCCGCUAUGUUCAUCCUGGCCUAUACCUUCAUCUUCCUCAUGUGUGUGAUCGGCAACAUCCUGGUGUGCUUCAUCGUGGUGAAGAACCGCCAGAUGCGGACGGUCACCAACAUGUUCAUACUCAAUUUGGCCAUCAGUGACCUCCUGGUGGGCAUCUUCUGCAUGCCCACCACCUUGGUAGACAACCUCAUCACAGGUUGGCCCUUUGACAACACCAUGUGCAAAAUGAGUGGCCUGGUGCAGGGCAUGUCCGUCUCUGCCUCUGUUUUCACGCUGGUGGCCAUCGCUGUGGAGAGGUUUCGCUGCAUCGUCCACCCCUUCCGGCAGAAGCUGACGCUGAGGAAAGCCCUGGUGACCAUUGCCAUUAUCUGGGUGCUGGCCCUGCUCAUCAUGUGCCCCGCUGCCAUUACCCUGACUGUCACCAGGGAGGAGCAUCACUUCAUGGUGGACACCUACAAUAAUUCUUAUCCCCUCUACUCCUGUUGGGAGGCCUGGCCUGAGACAGGGAUGAGAAGGAUCUACACCACUGUCCUCUUCUCCCACAUCUACGUGGCCCCCCUUGCCCUUAUCAUCGUCAUGUAUGCCCGCAUUGCCUUCAAGCUAUUCAAGUCGGUGGCACCUGCCCAUGGCCAAGAGGAGACAGAGGGGAGGAAGGUCUCCCGGCGGAAGGCCAAGGUCAUCAACAUGCUGAUCAUCGUUGCCCUCUUCUUCACCCUCUCCUGGCUGCCCCUCUGGACGCUGAUGCUGUUGACGGACUAUGGCCAGCUGAGCGAGGGCCAGCUCCGCCUGGUCACCGUCUAUGUCUUCCCCUUCGCCCACUGGCUGGCCUUCUUCAACAGCAGCGCCAACCCCAUCAUCUACGGCUACUUCAAUGAGAAUUUCCGACGGGGCUUCCAGGAAGCCUUCAGAGCCCCCAUCUGCUCACCCCUCUGCCAUCGCCAUCGCCAUCAUGGGCCCUACACCCCCAGGAGCCACGGGAUCCUCUUUGGCACCCGCAACCGUGUCUCCACCCAUGCACGGGCCAGCGAUUCACCACCCGCCUCUGAGUCGGGGCCAUUGGCACCACGCCGCACCGGUGUCCAUGCAUGGGACAGCUGAGCAGCCAUCGCACCUCCGGACCAAGGGCUUGCGGGGUGGGGAACGGGGGGACUCUCCACAUCACAGAGCAGGUUGCCCAAAGAAGUGGUGGAUGCUCCAUCCCUGGCAGUGUCCAAGGCCAGGUUGGACAGAUCCUUGGGCGACAUGGUUUAGUGCAAGUUGUCCCUGCAGGGGCGGGGUGGAACUGUACGAUCCUAAGUUCCUUUCCAACCCUAACCAUGAUUUCCAUGAUUCUAUGGGCGGUGAGUCUCUGAAAUAAAGUCGUCUUCUGCUGAUGCCA